AUUGAUCUCCGACUCUUCAGACCUCCGAACCCCAUGCAGGCAGGCAGGCAGGCAUGCAUGCAUGCAUGAAGAUGGAGGUCGGUCCGGGAUCGGAUUUCGUGCGAGCCCUGGAGCAUUUACUCACAGAGCAGUCCAUCGCCAGCGCCAUCGCUAGGACUACUGGAGCAACAUUUAUUCCUCGCACCCAAUUGAGCCUAAUGCGCACUACCGGUGACCGAAAAACCUCGAACGAAUGGCGCGCACUUACCGCAACUGCGUGGGGCUGCAACAUGGGCAGGGUACGAGAGAUGCACUCGAUCCGAGAACCAAGAUCGUGUCACGCUCGAGCAGACGAAGACUUUCCCGCGCGAAGUGUUGCGCAGCAGAGAGCAGAGCAGAAGGGCCCGAAUGGCCUCGCUAGCUUGCAGAGACCACAGGCGCGAGCAGAGCAGAGCAGAGCGGCUGGAGAUGGAAGAAGGUUCCAGCUUUGCGGGAAUAUGGAUCCGACUCUUGUUCUCGGAGAGGUGCGGCUGCUGCAGAGAGUGAUGGCGUCGUCCUUGUAUACGGGCCAGGCCUGACUGCUGAGCCUGAGCCUGAGCCUGAGCCUGCGAUGGCAAUGACUGCCGCCCACUGGGUCCACUGCGCAGGACAGGAAGCAAGGAAGGAAGGCGGAUGGAAACUCGGGCGCUGCUGAGGCCUCUGCGAGAAUCAUAGAUCCCGGAGGCAUCGAUGAACGUGUGGGAUGGGCGUCGUCAGAGGUCUCAAUCUGCUGCUGCUGCUGCUGCUUGUGAGGAUGGGCAAGGUCGCACGAUGCAGCUGAGGCCGAGGCCAAUGCCAGGGCCUAGGCGAGAGCACAGAAGACCCGAGCAUGGUCGUACGAUCUGCUGCUGCUCGAAUGCCGCUCGGGCGUAAAUUGGACAUCUGGCUUCAAUAAGUGCUCGCGGCACGCCAAGAGUCGGGCCCAGUUAUUAGGCGCAUUGUCAGUGAGCGGCAAAAGUCUUCUCUUCGCUUGCGGGUCCACAUUUGCGCUCGUUUCGCUUCGAUUUUUCGACCGCCUCGACUCUUUCAGCGCAGGCUCGCACGACAUCGAUCGCGCAUCGAUUUGCGGUGGAUGGUUCCUCCAAAUUACGACGCAAAGCGUGGCGCAAAUUAGCGCCUCGUCGAGAGCUGAUCUCGAGCUCUCACUGCGAGUCCGGUGAGAACAUGAUUGCCGGCAACCAUCGCCUCGCUCGCUGCAGUCGUCGAGCCUCCUCGUCCUCGUCCUCGUCCUUUGAAGCAGGACCGCGAUUCCACGAAGGUCCGAACGACAGUGUAGAACUAGUUGUGCGUGGGUUCGAUCGUGUUCGGAUCGAUGGCAAGAGAAGAGACCGUGCCGAGGUGCAUUUCUUGACGGUCUGAGCCAAGACUGUAGGAAUCGCGAGUUGCAAGCAUUCGAGAGCGUGACAUUGUUUUCGAGAGGGGAGCAUCGAUGGACGUGAACAUGCAGGCGGCGCAGGAGGAGAGGACGAAUCGACAUCCGCGCUGGGACAAACACGAGACGCUGAUUCUGGUGACGGCCAAGAGGAAACAGAACGAGGGAAUCCGAGACGCGGGCAUGAGGAGUCGCAAGUUCGGCAGCCCCGACGAGCGCUGGGAUCUCGUCUCGUCCUACUGCCAGGCCAAUGGCGUGCACCGCAACGCGCGCGAGUGCCGCCGCCAGUGGAACAACAUGUUCCACUCCGACUACCGCCGAAUCCGCAACUGGCAGAAGCUCAACGACGUCGAGUCUUUCUGGACCAUGAGCAAAGACCAACGCAAGGAGCACCAGCUGCCUCUGACCUUCUACCGCGAAGUGUUCGCCGAGAUCGAGAGCUUCCUCGGCAGGAAGCCUUCGUUCUCGACGACGAGCGGCGCGGCCCAGGACUUCUCGAGACCGCCGAGAGAUGAAACUGCAGUUUCGGACGACUCUCCAUCCGACCAGAACAUCACGGAGCCCCUCCAAUCAGGCUCGUGCGGCGGAGAGGAGCUCACCACCAGCAGUGGGAAAAAUGGGAACGCGCACGAGCACGCGGGCAGAAACAAACGCAAGGUGGUGGUGGCAAAUGCAGGAGGUGAGCGCGACAACUUGAAGGAGGAACUGGCAUCGGUGUUGGAAAGCAGUGGCCGAGCCAUUCAAAGAGCACUCUCAGACAAAAUCCGGUCGCAAAUUGAAGCCGACAACCGCAACAGCGAGCUGGACCGAUCGCAGAGAAAGGAGCACGGAGAUAGUCUGAUCGGAGUGCUGGGCAGCUUGGCCUGCGCUCUCGGUAGAAUUGCAGACAAAAUGUAGGAUGACGAGGGCCACUCGCAUCAUAGCUCCAAAUUGUAAAUUUUGCCCUCUCCGAUGUCGUCGCUCGAAGUCGGAGUCUGGAAUCUUAGGGUUUUGCUAGGUUUCCUGGUCCGAGGAAUUCCACCCUCGGACUCAAGUCAAGGUUCCAUGUACACUUCGAAGAACCAUCAGUUCAUGUAUCAGUUCAUGUUAAUAGCGAUCAGAUCACUCCCCCUUCUUUCAGGCACCGCUCGGGACUCAUAGAAUAUCGAUGCCAUUGCCAGCAGUGUAUUUCACAGACGACAGCAGACACUCGUGGACGUUCACUGUCACGAAUGGUACGAGGUCUGUGCAGAGAAAUCGUUCCCCCGCAAAGAAGGGAAAGUACGGCCUGCAGAGGGUUCAGGUCUGUCAGUCCCUUUUUUUUCCCAGAGGCUGUACGAAGCAAUUCCUUCAUGAAGUCCUCCAGGUUACAAAAGGAUGAAAAAAUUCGAACCGGUUGUUGUCGUAGACAAUGUUUUAUAUUUUUGGUCUAUCUUCUGCCAUAAAG